GGUGAGGGAAGCCGUGCAUCAGCCGUUGGAUUUGAAUUUCCUGCUUCGUUCUAUCUUGUUUGUUCGAAAGUAUAAAGAUAAGACGCCGAGAUCUUUAUUUCUCAAAUAUUGCCUAAAAGAAUAACACCAUGAAUAAAGAUAGGCUUCGCGCGUAGCAUCUGAAGAAAUAAAUGCUAUUUUGAUAUCUGUGUUGCCAAAAUUAUAAUAAGAAAUUAUAUGGUGCAAGCUUAUAUUGUCCAUCGAAUAUAGAAGUGAUUAGUUAUGUGUUCGUAUUAUAGUUUCGUGUUUAAUUUCAGAAUUGAAACUCUUAGAUCAGUCUAGUCAAUGACGUAGGCGGACAUGUUAGGACUCUAGCACGUGGCUUCGAAUGUAGGGCUCUAUGUUACGCUGUCUAAUAGAAACUCAAUGUAAUCGUAAUUACAAUCGAUUACAUAUGUUAUUCUAUAUCGUAUGUAUCUCGUGACUCGUUAAUAUUAUUAACUGGAUGCUGUUAUUGCGCGGAAAAAUUCCUAAGAUCGAUGAUAUUAAGUCUGCGAUUUCUUAAAUCGAUUCAUGCUAUUAAUCUUUUUGAUACUGUAAGAUGCUUCGUGUAGAGUGUCUUCAAUGGUGGUACACAUUUAUUGUGUCCUCCGCAUGCCAAUAUGCGUUCACUGCACGAGUCGAACAGAUUUGCCGAAGGCUUAUAAACGCUUACUGCAUCGAAAGGGUUAAGGAUCAAGGACGAAUUCAUACGAGGGCUAAUUGGAUUAUUAUCUAAGGCCUUUGUUUCCUAAAGUGUAUAAGGAUCGUCGGCGAUGCGUUUUUGAGGUGUUCGAAGCAUGAACGAACCUACAAAUUUUUAUAUCUUGCAAUUUUUUGCAGCAUUAAAAUUAGGAUGCUAUUUUAUAAUAAUUAAUACGCCAUGUUGCAACAAGGUAUACACAUGUCGAUUUUGUCACGACAAAGAGGAAACUCAUACAGUAAACAGAAAGGAAGUAACGGAGCUGAUAUGCGUGCUAUGCGAUACUCGUCAGCCAGUACAAGCUACUUGCCAAAAUUGUCACUGUCGAUUCGGUAAAUACACGUGUCUCGAAUGCAAUCUUUUCGACGACGAAGACAAAAAUCAGUACCACUGCGAUGGCUGUGGAAUAUGCAGAGUCGGUGGCCGCGACCGAUUUUUUCACUGUGCCAAGUGCAAUAUGUGUUUGCCGGUUCAGUUACAAAAUGGACACACGUGCGUGGAGAAUGUCUCGCACGCGAAUUGUCCUGUUUGCCUGGAGGAUAUUCACACAAGCCGUAUACCUUGUCACAUUCCAAAUUGUGGCCAUUUGCUCCAUCGUACGUGUUUCGAGGAAUUGUUACACUCAGGGCAUUACGCGUGCCCUAUUUGCCAAGUAUCCCUUUUAGAUAUGACUGACCUAUGGAGAUUUUUGGACAUGGAGGUAUCGUUAACGCCGAUGCCAGAAGAAUACAGAGAUCACAGGGUUGAUAUUCUGUGCAAGGAUUGCCACGAGGAGUCAGCGGUAAAAUUCCAUAUUGUAGGAUUGAAAUGCUUGAAUUGUGGAAGUUAUAACACCUGUAGAGUCAAAGGAUCUCCGUCUCCAGCAGAUCCCGAGUGUUGACGAUCCGGAACGGCGAAGAAGAGAAUGAAUAACAACGCGCCAGAGCUCUGAGUAUUAGUAAAGGGAAAAAGAUGCACAAUCAUUCCCAAGAAAGUGUCGCUUUCGAGCGUUUUUAAAAAGACAGUAGAAAAAAAGCCUUUUUGGCGUUAUACCUCUUUAUUGUUUUUAGUGAAUUUUUACGCCUUUGUUGAUUGUUUUCAGACUUUUUAUAGACGUUAUUAUGUUAGGAGGCUGAACGGAGCGACUGAUUUUGAUCAGCGCCUCAACGUUCAUUGUGAAACGCCGAAAAAAAUGAUUAAUAGUCGCGUUACGACGCCCAGCGUAUAGAUGAAACGUUAAUUUCAAAGAUUAAUAUUCAGUCGUCAAGAACGAAGUAUAAACUUCUGAUCGCGAAGACAGAUUUCUGCAUAAUGUUAGUCUGUUCGAAGUGAAAAGAGUCAAGCACAGUCUCGAUAUUUUCGUUUUUAUUUUUUACCGAUUGGUGGCGCGGUAUGCGCGGUGUCACCCAUUUCCUAAAAUUCUUCGCGCGCUGUUUUCAGAUAAUAUAGAUCCUUACAUUUCCAGUAUGCGUGACUUUCUUUCGAUGCAAUCUUUUCGUAAAUGCUAAUCGAUCAAUAUUGUACUGGUAGUGCUAGUCAAAAAAUGAAAAGAAGAAGAACCCCCUUUUUAGCUAUUGUACUCGACAGCUAAGAGUUCCUCUAUAGUAUCUUACUACACAUAGUUUCCCCAAUAUCAUAUUAUUGCAGCUAUACGUAGAGAUAGAUAACAAUGAGAUUAUUAAUAAUAAGACGCAUUCUAAUUCGUUUACGAAUUGUACGCGCAAUUUUCGAAAAGAUCGCCAUCUAGUCAAGGAUCACUCGAGUCACUUCUUGAUGUGAACGUUUUUUGCAUAAAAAAGUGCGCGGGGGAAUCUCAGAUAGUUGGGUGACGUAAGCUGAUACUCGACACGAUUUUUGUGACUAUUUACGAAGAAAAUUCGUAUCGUUAAAACGAAAUACAAUCAGGCUUCGACAUUCAUCUAUCGAAACUUAUCGGGCAUUUCCACCGUGUUAUUGUGAAUUGAAAACGUAUUCAUUAUCGUGUACUUUGUAAUGUACGUAUACUUUUAGGUCUCUUUUCGUGCACGCGUUUCAAAACGCGUCUAAUUUCGCGAAGAAGAACAUACUUUUAACGAGGUUAAUUGAUCUUAAUUUAUUGUAAUAAAUUACGAACAAUUAAUGAAAAAUAUUUAUCAAUUACGAUAGCAACUGAAUUUUAUUUUAUAAUUGGUGAAAUCGUUUCAUUUAAACUACGUUUAAACUUGAUUUCUUUUCUUUUGAUUGCGUCAAAUUUGUUAUAAACUUAUAACAAGUUUAACGCGUUUCGUGUCGCGUGGAUCAUCGAUGAUAUAUGCAAUAAAUCAAAGGUAUCCAUUCUGAUUAAUUUGAAACUGCUCAAACAUUCAAAGAAUAUGUAGCGUAAGUAAAAUAAGCUGGAAACAGUAUUUUCGUUUAAAAUUAUCAAAUAACUAAGCGGUUAAGUGAGCACAUUAUACUCAGAUGUGGGUUAAUGUUAAAAAUAAGUGAAUAAGAAAAGAGGUCAAACUAGAAAGAAUGCAAUUAUAAUUGGUAACUUCAUAUUUAAUAUUAUAACGUAAUUUUUAAUUUGCCGAGGUUUCGUCAAGAACCCUGGUGCAUUCCAUAAUGACAUUUAAGUAUACGCAACAAACGCGUGUAUAGAAGGAGUCUUAGAUUUACGUUACGCUCGCCAAUUCGCUCAUAACUAUUCGAGUCCAGUUCGUAUUAUUAGCUGAUCUUGUAAAGUAUACUUUUUAGAUAAUAACAUAAUUUGACACUCGGUACAACGCAAAUGCGCGUCUUCGAGCGACAAAGUUGCAGAGGAGACGUUCUCGAAUGAAACAGAACUGCGUUUCAAGCUCAAAUAAAACAAUUGUUAGACGCUUUCAGUAUACUUCAAUGAUCAUGGAACAUAUUGACUGUUGAUCGAGCUUUUCCACUGUUGAGUAAUAAGCGUAUUAACUGGUGACGAACAUUUAAGAGGUGUGCGGAUCUUGAGUCCCAAAAACUCUAACUGGAUCGGAAAACUUCGGGCAGAAUUCGACAAGAUCUAAUUUACGCGCACUGAUCGGCUGAAAAAUCUAAAGUUGAAACUUUAUAGAUUUCAAAAUUUGUAAAUUGUGAACCGAGGUCAGGCGUAUAGCAAAAGAUCGAAUUUUCAAAGUCCCGAAUUCCGAUCUCAGCCGAAUUCGGGAUCUGGUACACCUCUCUAUAUAAGCACUUGUAUCUUUUGUCCAUUCCAUGGCAUUCCAGGAUUCGUGUAACAUGCUAACGUACGAUUGCACGAAUAUUUGAGCUAUCGUUCAUUAUCGUGUUGAUAUAUUAGCACGUUUAAUUGAGUAUUAUUGGCUCGCGAGUAUAAAUGAUGUGAAAAUUGACGCGUGACCCCACUUUGUCACUGAUUAUCAGCCUCUGGUAAUUUCAUUUAGAGGCUGGUGGCACCUUAAAUGAAUUGUAAUACAGAAUUCGAAAGGACGUUCACAACGUUACCUUUUUUGGUGUGAUUAUCAUCACGUCUUUAUUAUUCAGUUGUAAAUUAAAUACCAGUUACAAAGGCUCUUUGUACAUAACGGCCGCAAUAAUGCUUUUGUUUUAUAUUAUAUAAUAUAUACUAUUGUAUCAAAUAAACCGGCUAUUAUUA